AUGCUCUACGAGUUAAUAGCCAUUGUCCGACCACACAACCUCGGCGAAGUAAAAGAAAUCGCGCAAACCGUGGGGUCGCUCGUUCUUCGAAAUGGCGGCGUGAUCCGCGGCCUCGCCAACUGGGGCGUCUUUUCCUUGCCCAAGCCCGUCUCGAUACACCAGAUGAAGCACACCCACGGCCACUACUUCGUCAUGCGGUACGACUCGUCGACAAAGGUCCACCAGGACGUGCGGACCAUGCUGCGCCUGGAGCCUCGGAUGAUUCGCUCGGCUCACGUUAAGCUGGGCGACGGCAAGCUGAAUACUCUGUCGAGGUUUGGACCGCCCAAGUGGAGGACGCAGGGGAGCGAGGCUUGA